CUCUGUACCCACUUCCUCAGUGUCCUGUCAUUGCUAUUUGUUUUUUCCUGCCAUGUACUCCGGAGCCUGCCUUGGGAAAAGGAAACCGAAACUGAAGCCGAUUUCGAUUUCGGCUCCCGCGGUGGUUGGCUCCCGGACUCCGCCCUCUGACGCGGCUGCUCAGGCUUUUUAAAGGGCUGAGCCGCCAGGGCUGAAGAGCAGCGGCAAGCUGAGCGGCAGCGACGCAGAGCGCACAGAGGCUGCGAAGCAGAGCUUACAGAGGACCUGUCGCCAAAGCCCACGGCCAUGGGUAGGGAACUGAAGGUGAAGAUGCUGGGAGGCAAGGAGAUCCUGGUGCCCUUGAGGGACUGCAUGAUGGCAUCAGACCUGAAGCAGCAGAUCGCCCGGGAGAUCGGUGUGCCUGCCUUCCAGCAGCGUCUGGCCCACCCAGCCGGCAAUGUGCUUCAGGAUGGGGUGCCCCUGGUCAACCAGGGCCUGGGCCCAGGCAGCACGGUCCUGUUGAUGGUGCAGAGCUUCAGAGACCCACUGAGCAUCCUGGUGAGGAACGACAGGGGUCGCAGCAACGCCUAUGAGGUCCGGCUGACGCAGACAGUGGCUGAGCUCAAGCAGCAGGUGUGUCAGCAGGAGGGCGCGCAAGCCGACCAGUUCUGGCUGACUUUCGAGGGGAAGCCCAUGGAGGAUGAGCACCAGCUGGGGGAGUAUGACCUCAAGCCUAUGUGCACCGUGUACAUGAAUCUGCGCCUGCGGGGGGGUGGGGCAGGGCCAGGGGAGCGCCCCACCGAGUGCUAGUAAUAAAGCUGUGGCAAAAUUGAGUGUAA